AAGGGUACAAUCUGGUCAGAGAAUGUUAGUGAAAAUGAAAUAGAAAGAAGGCAGCGCUGUAAAGUCUUGCAAAAGCAGGGUUCUUCCCUUAGCUUCAUGGCUGAGCAAAGUGAGGCAUGCUGAACUCUAGCGACCAAAUGAGUAACAAAUUCAGGGCUGGAAGGUCUAACCGAGUUUGAAAUCAUGUAUACUGAGUGUGAGUCUCAAGCUCAGCGUGCUUGCUCCCCGUCUCUCAGUAUUAGGCCAAACUGGCCCUAUACUGAUCUCUAGGAGGGCUGUGUCGCAAAACUAGCACAAAUCCUGACGACAGCCUUGCGGCUAGGCAGAAUUGUCCUCCUCAGCCAGUGUAAGGAGUUUUCAUUCAGACUUUCCGAAGAAGAGAGGUGGAAAAACCUAGACUCGGGAGAAGAGGUCCUUUGAGCCAGAUCAAGCAUUAGUUCUUCUGCUUUUCUCGGCAUGGAUAAACCAUUUUCUCAAGUCUUCUAGGUCCGGAAGUCUACUACCUGUAAAAUAUUUUCUGCAUGGUCACCAUUUAUUGAGUAUACCUAUAUCAACGCCUUCAGGAGAAUAACUACACAACCAUUUGUGGCACUAUGAAGAUGAUUUUCUGAUGUGCUUUGAGGUCCAUAUAACUACAAGGGCUCUUUUUUUUAUCACCAUAAGUGCCACUCUGACCCCAAAUCACUUAGAGCUCAAAAACAUAGGCAAAAUGGAUGCUACAGCAGUAGAUGAGUUCCAACAAAUUCUGCCUAUUGAACAGCUGCGCUCUACUCAUGCUAGCAAUGAUUACGUGGAACGGCCUCCAGCACCCUGUAAACAGGCUCUUUCCAGCCCUUCCCUUAUUGUGCAAACCCACAAGUCUGAUUGGUCCUUGGCUACCAUGCCUACUGCUCUCCCACGCAGUGUCAGCCAGUGCCAUCAGCUGCAGCCCCUGCCUCAGCAUCUGAGCCAAUCUAGCAUUACCAGCUCAAUGUCCCAAAGCACCACUGCCUCUGAUCAAAGGCUCUUGGCCAGCAUUACACCUUCUCCUUCAGGCCAGUCCAUAAUCAGAACCCAGCCUGGAGCAGAGGCCCACCCAAAGGUCGAUGGUGCUCUGAAGGGAGAAGCUGAGCAAUCUGUAGGGCAUCCCAGUGAUCACCUCUUUAUCUGCGAGGAGUGCGGGCGCUGCAAAUGUGCUCCUUGCACAGCGGUUCACCCUCUUCCCUCCUGCUGGAUGUGCAACCAGCGUUGCCUUUGCUCUGCUGAGAGCCUCCUUGAUUAUGGCACUUGCCUCUGCUGUGUCAAGGGCCUCUUCUACCACUGUUCCACUGAUGAUGAAGACAACUGCGCUGAUGAGCCCUGCUCCUGUGGGCCUAGCUCUUGCUUCAUUCGCUGGGCAGCCAUGAGUCUCAUCUCCCUCUUCUUACCCUGCCUGUGCUGCUAUCUGCCUACCCGUGGAUGCCUCCAUCUGUGCCAGCAGUGCUACGAUAGCCUCCGUCGACCAGGCUGCCGCUGUAAGAGGCACACCAACACUGUGUGCAGAAAAAUCUCUUCUGGUAGCGCACCCUUUCCCAAGGCCCAGGAAAAGUCUGUAUGACCUUCCUACAAGAUGGAUCCAGAGUUUUCUUCUGACCCUCUUCAGUAAAGCAUAGGCCUCAUGUUUAGGGGAGGGUGUGAGAUAAUAAACUAGCCAAAGUUAGGGCCUCACCUCUUUUGUUCCUGCAGUGUCAGGAGAAUGGCAAAGUAUAUCCUAGUGCAGGAUGCCUUGCUCUUUUUUCACAGUAUCUAUCCCCAGUCUUCUUUAAUCUUUUACACCCGGCCUGCUCAGCUUUUAUGGCUGUCAUGGAAAAUUCAGGUGAUAUAUGGGCAUGAGGUUUGGACACCGAGGGCUGACAGAGCCAGCAACGUGGAGGGUUAGGGGCUCCCCAAGGUAAUGCCUCUCGGUGCAGGCUCUGAUUGUCACUCUGCUUUCCACAGUGUCUUUGAAGGCUUUCUUCUAAGGUAGUCAUCACAGGUGCAUGUGGAACAGCGUUCAACCUUCCAGGGAAUAUGACUCCCCCUUUCUCCCUCCCUCUCUCUCUUUCUCCUUCCUUCCUUCCCUCCCUCCAUCCCUCCUCCAUCUUUUCUUUCUUUCUAUCUCCCUGUCUCUUCUUUCAUUAUCCUGUUCUGUUCUCCUUCGUUUGCAGCCUCUCCUUUUACUUUGCCACAUUCCUUUAUUUUCUCCUUUUCUAAGACUAAUCUUUUUUCAUUUUUUAAAUUUUUGUUUGAUAUAUAUUUGUUUUUCUCUUCCUGAUUCUUUUUCUCUGACACAUUUAAAAGUGCUGUUUUCUCACAGAUGUUUCCUUAGAUGCCAAACUUUGCUAUGCUGUGCUAUUUACUAAAUUGUAUUAAGGAAAAUGGAUUAUUGUAACAAACUGGUUGCUAGCAAUAGUCGGUAUCUCAGUGUGUGUAUGCACUCACAACCACACCCACCCUUUUGUAAGCAUAUGAGGCUCCUCCUAUAUUUCCAAAUUCAAUUAGUUGGAGUAUUUUUUUUCUCCUUUUCCUGAUAAUCAACUUAUAGUACUGACAGAUUCUACUAGCAUGCUGAGUAGGAUAGUAAAUCAGGAUGCUCAUAACUUUGUAUGUCUGACCCAAGUGCCAAAGGCAGACGUGCUUUAUAGCUAAAUGAACAAAGCAAAGGAGAUUACAGAGGUAUGUUCUCUUUUAGAAGCUAACUGCCCUGAGACUGCAUGGCUCAGACCUUAAUAAUGGACAUAAAGUCAUAAAAUUUUAGAGCUGGAAGGAAUCUUAAAUAUUAAUCUAGUUCAUUGUUGUAAUUUUACAGAUGGGAAAACUGAGGCCUAGAAAUAGGAAGGGACUUGCUCAAGGCCAUACACUUGAAUUGAUAGCAGAAUUGACCAGAACAUGGGCCUCUGACUCAUACUUCAUUGUUUCACCCAAUCAUUACACUGGCUUGCUGAACUUUUUUUUAGGACUCUGUUAACAAUUCCAAAUUCCCUUCCAACUACUUUUCAGAAACCAUAAGAAGUUAGUGUAGUGGUCUUUCUGUAGUGCAUAGUGGGUAGUUAAUUUACUACUGGGUAUUGAGGCUGCCCCCAGAGGACAUCACCUUUGACUCUAUCACCUUGUAGAAGCUUAAAUGUGGGGGAAAACAUAAAGAAGCCCUAACCAAGUUGUAUCUUUGCCAUUGCAUCUACACUUUGCUGCACACACUGUGCUCCUUCCUGGCUUGUCUGCAAUGGUAGCUGCCUAAGAACCUAGAUCUCAGCAACAGUUAACAACUGAGAUGAAAGAUAUGUAAUGCACAGAAGUGACUCCCCUCUUAAAAUGUACAAAGAGCCUGUGCUUCGAACCCCUGUCAAUAAGGAAAAGGCUGCAAUGUGAUGGCAGGGUACAAAAGACUGCUACUAAGAGACGUGAGAAUUAUAUAGUUUCCCUCUGUAAGUAAACCCAAAAUUUAUCAAAGAAUUCAAAUAUGGGGGCACUUGCUUGAAAUCAAGGUGCUCCAACUUAGUUUAAAACUUCCAGACUCUAUAUAUCAUCUCUUUUAAAGUGCGCAUGGAUGUGUGCUUCAGGGUGAAGUAAGGAGAAAUGCAUAGUCAUGCACAGGAGGAUGAAAGGGAAUUCCAUGUCCCUUUAUUGGAUAUAUACUGCAGAAAUAUAUGCCACAAAGUCUUUAUUGGCUAUGAAACUUCCUGAGGUAUAUUGACAUUGGGUUGCACAAAGCCCCACACCUUCACUUACAUCUCCUCUUGUAGAAUUGCUUUGCUCUAUUUUUGUAUAUAUAAAUAUGUUAUGAUGAUUAUUACUAUUGUUAAUGAUAUUGCUGCAAAUGGUGCCAUAUAUAAGGUUAGGCUUCUUGAAACAUUUAUAAACCCUAAACCAAUACCUGAACACCUGUAACCUCUUACGUUGCUUUAAAAUCCUUUAACUUUAAAUAAUUUGUGUUUAAUCUUUAAAAUAUGCCUAAUUGUACUUCAAACUUAUCUACCCAUAAAAGCUGUGCCCACUUAUCUGGGUCACACUGGAUGGUGAUGAGUAGAAACACACACUUCUCUCUGCUUCUGCCCAAAAUUUGCUUAGAGUCCAGAUAUCUAAGGAUUCUCUAACACUAGUGCAUUGUUCUGGAGCUAAACUUACUCUUUGGAUGCUUGCUUAUUAGUUUCAAGCCCCUUCUUAAUCGCUCCUUGAUAUUUCAACCCUGCAGUCCUUACUCAGGCACAUUGUGCACUGCCAGAAGGGCCCUGGGCUCUGCCAUACACCCAGAGGAGUUCUUCUCAGUGUAUUUUUAAAUGGCCUUAUACUUGGUAGAAGAAACUGAAGGGUUCCUGAAUGCAAUCUGUUGCCGAGUCAGGGCUUUCACUUAUGUCCAAGUUGGCCUGAUAUGGACUGCAUCUAGUUUACAUAGAGAUGAGUCCUGUUGGGGUAUGCACACAGACAUGUGAGUGCGCAUAUGUAUCCCUUCUGUGGUUUCAUAUAGAUAUGUAUAUAUAUGUAAAUAUAUAAUCACACAUCUCUAUAUAUUUUAAUGUAUUGCACAUGUAUAUUUAAAAUAUAUACAAAAUAACUCUAAAUCCUUCAGUGUGGCUCUGUAUUCAUUAUUUGCUUUGUGAUAUGUACUGCAUAAACAGGAAUGUAUAGAUGGGUGUUAACUGCUUGGUAUUUCUUUGCAGUUAUGUCUCUCUACACCUAAUUCUACUGCUUUUCACAUAUUAGUGCCUUGAUAUGUAUCCUAUGCCAUUUGGUUAAAGUUUUCUUUUAAUUUCAGCUUAUUUUUAUCAUAAUAUCUAUAA